AUGAGUGGGAGAAAGCACACAGGCACAUAUGAGGUUCUGAGCCAGUCCUUUGGCUCAGAUGCGGCAGCCGUUCUCAGCAAAGGAGCUCAUAAAAGACUGGAGGUCAAUGCAGCUGUUGCGAUUCUUGGUGGCCCCGCAGUUUCUGGGAUCGGGCAGCUCCUCCACCCACGCGUUCAAAUCCAGCAGAGAAUCCACACAGGAGAGAAACCGUACUCUUGUUCAGAGUGCGAGAAGAGCUUCAGUGUAAAAUCGAGCCUCCAUCAACACAUGAGAGUUCACACAGGAGAGAAACCGUACAAAUGCUCGCUCUGCGGGAAGAGAUUCAGGCAGAGAUCACAUUUUGUUGAGCAUGAAAAAUUCCACCCAGGAAAGGAAUCCCUUGAGUGUUCAGAGUGUGGGAAAAGCUUCAACAAUCCUUUGUGCUUGCUGAGACAUCAGGAGAUCCACACAGGUGAAACUCCCUAUAAAUGCUUGGAGUGUGGGAAAAGCUUUGCCUCAAAGCGCAGUCAAGAGCAACAUCAAAGAAUCCACACAGGAGAGAAGCCAUACCAGUGUCUGGAUUGUGGGAAGAGGUUCCAUACCAAAGCAGCCCUGCGGGUACAUGAAAAAGGACACACUGGAGAGAAGCCGUUUAAAUGCAUGGAGUGUGGCAAAAGCUUUAUUAAUAGUUCAGGCCUCAUAAACCACCAUAAAAUCCACACAGGUGAGAAACCAUCUAAAUGCUCAGAUGAGGGGGGAGGUUCCAGAAAGAGCACUGACUUGACCCAAUGGGAAAAAGUCCACACACAGGAAAAACCUUUUCAGUGUGCAUGGUGUGGGAAGAAGUUUGUGAAGAAAGCACAUCUGGCUGCACAUGAGAAAACACACAGAUGGUAA